AUGAACCUCAGUGCUGCCAACCACCUCAUACCUCUUAGCGAUGGGAACAGCAUUCCUAUCAUUGGCCUAGGCACCUACUCCGAACCUAAGUCGACCCUGAAGGGCGCCUGUGUAGCAUCAGUGAAGGUGGCCAUUGACGUGGGUUACCGGCACAUCGACGGCGCCCAAGUCUACAGAAACGAGCACGAAGUGGGGGAGGCCAUCCGGGAGAAGAUAGCUGAAGGAAAGGUGCGCAGGGAGGACAUUUUCUACUGCGGAAAG